AUGCUCUCCCUAGUUUAUGUUGCAGCCUAUCUUCUCGUCAAACCAACUCAUGUCAAAAGUGAAGAACAUAUCUCUGAUUUGUUGAAAACCUUUGUGUGUGAGACGAAUCACCACCGAAAAAUAUUUCACGUAGUAGAUUUGGCCAACAACAGAGAUACGGCAUGCAUUAAUGUUUACGGCACCCAAGACUUUAUGUCCUUGAAACCUUUACAUCCUAUUGGUGGAACUACCAGGGAACUAGAUCCGGAUUACUUUAUGCGACCCAAGAGACAAAAGGUCGAGAUGGAUUUGAAUACUAAAGAAUUUCAUAUAUUUAGCGGUAAUGUACCCAAGACACUAAUGGAGUCUCACGAAAAAUCGCUCAAUAUAAAAUAUUAUUAUCAUAUUUUCGAAGAAGAAAAAAUAUCGCUGGAUGUGCAAUAUAAUUCUAGACGCCGAAGGGUAGGCUUUGAGGACUUCAAAUUGAUUCACAAGAAAGAUAAAAUUACGGUGAAGUACGCUCUCAUCAUAGACCAAACUUGCAAGAUAGCUGCAAUAAUGAUGGUUCCUGAUUCGUCUCCGGCUAUUAGAGGCCUAAGAAAUGGUUCAACCUCAAUUCUAAACCUACAAGAUCGAGUAUUCUGCCGGAUUAAGAUGCCGACUCACUUUCACAUUAAGAAACAUACGCAGAAUCAUGUUGGAAGUCGCCGGCGUUUUGCGAUGAGAAAGCAGAGACAUCCAGUCGCCAUAGAUUGUUUUACGCCAACAUCAAGGAUUAUAUCAGGCCUAAAAGAAAAAAUGCCUAUACUCGAACGCUUGGACUCGUUUGGAUCCUCGAGGUUCACAGCUGAUCUCAAAGAAAAAAUGCCUAUAUUCGAACACUCGGGCUCGUUUGGAUCCGCAAGAUUUUAA